AUGAACAUUCAAACUGCAGACGACUCUUCCGCACGACGCGCAGGGCAGCAAGGCGAUGUUGAUCCUGCAGCAGUCGAAAACAACAACAACGACACCACCUGGACCAGCUCAACAACUUCUUGGCCUCCUCUGGAGUGCAACCCGGAGGCUUUUUCCGAACUCGCCCGCAAAUGGGGGCUCCGGCCCGAGUGCGCCUUUGUCGACGUGCUGGGCCUCGAACCGGAGCUACUGGCGAUGGUGCCGCGCCCGGUGCACGCCGUGAUCGUGCUUUUUCCCACGGACUGCGCGGAGCUAGAGCGUUUUCGGCGGGAAGAAUUGCCGGCGCACGUGGACUACGAUUGGGACGAGGUUUUCUACAUGCACCAGCACAUCGGCAACGCGUGUGGCACCUGGGCGCUCGGGCACGCCUUGUUGAAUACGAUGCAAGAGAAAGAUCUGCUGGACAUGUCUUCCCCGUUACGCGCCUUGCGGGCAGCUGCCGCUGCGAGAACAUUUUUGUCUAAUGAAAAUAAAGUUCUUCAAGAGAACGACCCGGAGAAGAAAAUAGCAGAUGAUGUGCUGAGACCACUCGAUGGCCCUCCAGGUGGUGGUCCUCUAUCACUUGAAGAAGAAAAAAAUGUCGUUGCCGCCGCGCGGGGCCGCGCCUUCGGCGGGAACGCAGCCGUGCGAGACGGCCAUCACGCGGUGGCGUGUGACGAAAGCCUCAACCAGACAGAUUGGGACAUAAGGACCUCCGCUGGCAAUAAUAAGCCAGUGUACGAACACUUCACCACGUUUGUGCCAGAGAGGAAUUAUAAAUUGAGGAAAGCAACUGCAACAAGCCAGCGCGACGAGGCUGACGUGGAUGCUAACGCUAUUAAGUCGCUCCGCCCAGAUCAUUUACUAGACGUUGGUGAGAAGGACGCCAAGGCUAUCCUGAGCAAAAACGUCCCCAUUUCAGAGUCAAGAUGGGGAUCUCGCAACAGAAAUCGAGAAGUUUUGGGAGUCAAGCAUGACAAAUUCCCGUCUGUAUUGUGGUGCAGUUUAGCAAGUACAGCCGCAACACAAAUCCAUGUUGUACUCAUCCUGUUUACAGCAUUACAAAGUCCAAAACACGACUGGAAAUGCCUCCCAAGGGGAUGCGCAUUACAACUCUUCCUGUAACUGCCAAUCUGCAUGACAACUAGGGGGUGAAGAUGUUUUUACUCAGGAUAUUAAAGAUAAGACCUGAACCUCCUGAGUUUUUCGCGCUAGAGCUUGACGGGAGGAUGCGAAAAGUCGUGCGCCACACGCUAUGGUCGUCGAGGGUGAACUGCGAUGCUGGCGCAGUAGGAACAGGAGAUCAUGCGGGCAACGGCAGCUUGCAGCAGCCGAGUCCUCGUCAAAUACGAGGAGAGAGCCAUGAUAGCGCGGCCCUGCCACCGCCAGGAGAUUUCGAUUUUCUCUCAUCGGUUGCGAAGCUCAUUGAGAAGAAUUUUUUCAAGGUUGCAGGCCCUUCGCAGAACAACUUUGCCAUCCUUGCUCUCACGGGUGGUACGACCGCGCCCGCAAGCUGUUCUGGUUGAAAAAGGAAACAAACAAGCGGAACACAUUCAAAAGCGCACGUUGAUACAGAGGUAAAAGAAAGUGUGUAGUACAUAGUGCUGCUUUUGGGUAUAAUUUGGUUCUCGAACUUUGAAGCAAAACCUGGAAUGUAGAAGAAAAGACUUGAAAGUAGUACUGUAAGAACCAUUACCACUGCAGCC